UUUUGUAAAAUGUAGUAAACAAGUGUCAAAUAAUAAAUAUAGAAUUAAGCUGAAAUUUAAGAACUUAAUUUAUUUAGAAACACAAUAUGGAGUAUACUGCAAAUAAUUUAGAAGAAGCUGUGACUUUAUUUUAUAGAACUGAAGCCCAUCAGCAGCAAGCCGAAGCACAUCAAUGGUUAACUGAGGCUCAGAAUUCUCCCCAAGCAUGGAGUUUUGUCUGGGAACUGCUUAGCCCUCAGAGAAGUUCUGAAGUUCAAUUUUUUGCUGCUACUACUUUACACACAAAAUUAAUGAAACACUGGAAUGAAGUUCCCGAAGAUCAUUAUGAACUAUUAAAGAAACGGAUAUUAGAAGCUAUUAUUAAUUAUGCAAUGGGUCCAAAAAUAGUUCUUAAUCGUUUGUGUAUAACAUUAUCAGCCUACAUUAUCCAUACAAUACCAGUGCAUUGGCCAAAUGCAUUUGAAGAACUCGUUUCUAGCUUUCAACCACAACAUCUUCCUAAUGUGGAACCAGAGAGGGUCAUUUGGAUACUUUUAGAAAUAUUAACUGUGAUACCAGAAGAAUUUCAAAGUACCGUUUUAGCAUUAAACCAAAGGAAUAGAGUUCGAGCUGUUCUUCAAGAGGUAUCUAAAGAUAUUUUAAAAGUAGUGGAAAUGUGUUUAAUGCCUCUACCAAAUGCUGGGUUUGACAUGUCCAACUUAACUACAUAUUUGAAUGCUACCAGGUGUGCAGCAGCUUGGAUUCAAUUGGACGGCUUAAAUAUAGAUGAGUGUACAUCAGUAAUUGAUUUAUUGAUUGAUUUGACAUGUUUUGUUUACUGGAACAAAAGUGAUGCUGACGGUUUGUCUGGUGAAGAAAUAGAAUUAUCGGAAGUCACAGUAGAAGCAUUAACAGCUAUUAUACAGCAUCCCCAUACAAAUAAAUAUAAAAAUCAUAUUACCAAAUAUGCAGCUCAAAUCUUAUAUAAAUUUGAUAAAAUUUUAGAUGCUGAAAGAAAUUUGCCAGAGUUAAAUAAGGACGUAGUGGCUAAUUUAUAUGGUUUAAUAAUAACCAUAGCAGAUACCCAUUCGAAAAUUUUCAUUCAUAAUUUAAAAUCGCAAAAUCCAGAGGAACAAAGAAUUAGUUUUGAUCUGUUCAACUCAAUUUUAAAAUGUACUAAUCUGCCUGGAUUGUACCCUGUUGAUGAAUCUAGUAGUACACUUACAUUUGGUUUUUGGUACACGUUGCAAGAUGAUAUAAUAUCAUUAGAAACUGCAGAAUGUGCACAAAUGAUACUCAUGAUAAAACCAUAUUAUCGCGACCUGGUGUGCAUCAUGUUAAGGAAAUCUAUGUUUCCCAACGUGGAUGAUAUUAGAUGGUCUCUGGAUGACAAAGAACUCUUCCGCUGUUACCGACAAGAUAUCGCAGACACAUUUAUGUAUUGUUAUGUGGUACUUAAUCUAGAAAUGUUGGAUAUAUUGAAUACAAAGCUUGUCGAGUCUCUUCAAAAGGAUAGCAGCAAUGGUAUUACACAGCCCAUACAGUGGAACGAGGUUGAAACCGUCUUACAUGCUUUUGGAGCGGUAGCCGAGAGCAUAGAGUAUGAAAAUUUAUAUGUGCCAAAGUUAAUGGUUACUAUAAAAAGCAUACCGUUUAAUGAAUUGCACACAAAGGUCAUGGCUACUGCUUUGGAAACUGUUGGUGCCUACUCUGAAUGGUUCUUAGAUCACCCCGAUAUGUUACAAAAUGUAUUUCCAUUAAUUCUAUCUGCACUGGGUAACCCGGAAGUAUCAACAAGUGCAACGAUGGCCCUUAAAGACAUAUGUCAUAAUUGUCAAAGUUUUUUAAUCCCUUUUGCCGAUCAUAUUUUAAUCACUUCUCAGUCUGCGUUGCAAUGCGGGCUGUUAAAAUUGGCAGAAUGCCGAAGACUGAUGUACAGUAUAGGAAGAGUGUUAAGUAUAUUGCCAGUAAACAGGAUUAUGGGUUACUUAAAUAUGAUUCUGGCUCCGUCAUUUGAUGAUUUACAAAAGCUUGCUCAUGCCGAACCGUCUCCUAGUGUAACAACUUCCUUAGUUACAAGACUGAAAAUUUUAGCUGCCUUGUUUAGUUCUCUUCACGUAGAAACUCAAGAAAAUAUAGAACAACCGAUUUUACUCUUAAUGCAAAACACGAUGCCAUUAUAUCGCAUCAUAGGGGAAAAGUAUUGCAGAAAUCCAGAAGUGAUGGAGGAUCUGAGUAUCGUAUUCAAGUAUUGUGUUACCACUCUAAAAGAAGACUGUAAGCCUCUGAUAAAUGAUAUUCUCCAGUUGAUUGUUACAGUUUAUAGGGAAUGUCCGCAAUCUAAUAUUUUAGUAGUCGCAAAAACGGUUUUAAUAUUGUUUGGCAAGGAAGAACAAUUUAAUGCAAUGAACCAACAACUUCUUCAUGAAAUUGUAAACUCUACUUUGCAAGUUUGUGCACAGUACAAUACAAACAACCAGUUGUCAGAGAAAUCUGAUGUUUUAGAAGGAUUCUUUUCCAUGUUAGGUACCUUAGCCAAGAAGGUUCCCCAAUUAAUUAAUGUUAGUGGAAUAGACACCUGCGCCCUUUUUCAGUGUGCAAUUUUAUGCCUGGCAUUACCAGAAAUUCAAACUCUGAAGGCAGUGUCAAGUUUUUUGGUACAUUUUGUGUCUCAAAGUCGAGAAACGUCCCAAGCUGAUGUUGUACAAACUUAUGGAGAAAGUUUAGUUUUAAGGAUUUUAAUGAAUUUAGGUAGUACUGCUCCACGAGCCUCCGUAGACGUUUUUAGUGAUAUACUUCUUGCGUUAAACAAGAAAUACUGUGAUAAUUUAAGUAGGUGGUUAAACACCCUUUUAGCCCAAGAAGGUUUUCCUUCUCCUAAAAUUGGUACUCAACAAAAGGAAGCCUUUGUAAAAUCAGUGUUAAGAGAGAAAGCAAGCAAGAGAAAACUGGCCGAUUCCGUAUUAGAGUUCACAUUGAUUUGUCGUGGUAUAUUGAAACCCGAGCCAAAUUUGCCAUAGAUUAGUGCCUGCUCAAUAUCUUGCUGCGACGGGACUGGUACGUGAGCGACAAACCUUUGUUGUGAACCAUCGGCAACUUGUUUUACAGAGUCUUCUUCAUCGUCCGACUGAAAAUGUACAUGCAUCAAAGAUAUAUGGAUUUCAUUCAGUGACAACAAGACAUGACCUUUAUCGUACUUCACGUUCCACUUUCAACUAUCCAAAUACCACUAUAAGACUUUUUUGGGACAAUUUUAAAAUUAAAAGCCGUUUAAUAUGUAAAAAAAAAUUGUUGGAAUUAGUCUUGCUUAAGUUAUUAGAAGAUUAAUAUUUUACAUGUUUAUUAAACUCAGAAGUAAUCA